CUUCAUUGAACAAACCUCAAAUAGUUCCAUCAAAAAGCAGGAGGAACAUCUUCUAGAUUUCUGAAUCCUUCAAAUAACAGACUACUAUAAAUUUUGUAUUGUCAGUGCAGUAUUAUUAUGAGUUUGUUUAGAAAAUAUGGAGUAUUAUUUCAAAAAACAAGAUCCAUCUCAUGGUUACAUCAGCAAAACUGUAAACUAUCCGUACUUGGCAUAGAAACCUCCUGUGAUGAUACAGGAAUCGCAGUAGUUCAAUCAGAUGGAAAAGUUCUUGGCAAUGUCACCAAUUCCCAACAAGGAAUUCAUUUAAGAUAUGGAGGAAUCAUACCACCAAGAGCACAGGAAUUGCAUCGUUCAAAUAUAGAACAAACCUAUCUUAAAUGUAUUGAAAAUUCCGGCAUUGAUCCAUCUGCUUUGGAUGCCAUUGCCGUAACAACACGACCAGGUUUGGUAAUGAGUCUUAUGAUUGGCCUUCGUUUCGCAAAGUAUUUAGGACGUAAAUACUCGAAGCCUAUCAUUCCAAUUCAUCACAUGGAAGCACAUGCUCUUACUGUAAGAAUGGAACAAAAAGUGGAAUUUCCAUUUUUGUGCCUUCUAAUAAGUGGUGGGCAUAGUCAACUUGUAUUUAUCAAAAAAGCUACAGAGUUCUAUCUGCUCGGCGAAAGUCUUGAUGAUGCACCUGGAGAGGCAUUUGAUAAAAUAUCUAGAAGACUACGUUUGAAUACUAUGACAAAGUUUGCCAACAUGAAUGGGGGACAAGCAAUAGAAACUGCAGCCAAAGAAGCCACUUGUCCUGAUCGAUAUGAAUUUCCACUCCCAUUAAGUCGCUACAAAGAUUGUAACUUUAGUUUUGCUGGUUUAAAAAAUAAUUCUAUUCGCACUAUAAACGCAGCUGAAAUAGAAGAAAAAACUCGUCCUGAUGAUGUCAUCAUACACUACAAGGAUUUCUGUGCAGGCUUUUUAAAAGCUACAACAAGACAUAUCUCGAAUCGGACUCAAAGAGCUCUUGAAUUUUGUUUGAGAAAGAAACUUUUCGAUAAUAACACAAACCCGGCGAUAGUUGUGUCGGGUGGAGUAGCUAAUAAUGAUUACAUAUUCGAUAAUAUUUGCAAUCUUGGACAAAAAUAUGGGGUGAAAGCAUAUCGUCCUUCAAAGCAAUUUUGUUCAGACAAUGGUGCAAUGAUUGCUUGGAAUGGUAUAGAAAGAUUAAUGGAAGAUCAAGCAUGCGCACUGACUAACUUUGAUAACAUAGAUGUAAAGGGCAAAUGCACAUUAGGCUUAAGUUUAAUUGACGAAGUAACUGAGGAAGAUAUUAAAUGUAAAUGGGUUAAGACACUAUAAUAAAGAAAAUAUACUAGUAUAAAUUUAA